AUGGUGCUUAGGAUGGCGAUACUUACUGACGAUGCCGACUACGAUGCCGGCGAAAUGUUUCGGAAUGUACCACGUCGACGGUUCAACUUUGGAAAUGAUCAUGCAGACAAUCGACCCCGGAAUAGGUGCGUUUCAAUAAGUCUUCCUACCAACAUGAACAUGUUGCGAAAACAAGGUCAAACAACCUCUAUCAUUUCCAAAGUUGAACUGUGGACGUAG